CCGUUGAGACUGCGAGGGGGGAGGGAGGAGGACAAGGGAAGGACCGGUAGCCUAGCAACUGAGACAAGAAAGUGGUAGCCCGCCGGCCGAUGCGUGCCUGCGUGCGUAGGGCGGUUAUCAGCGGCGGCAGCAACAACAACGGCAGCGCCGUGCAAAUAAAAUUGACUCUUCUUCUUCCGGGAUGUGAGCUUAAGCUGAAGAUCAAAUUAUUCCCCUCGCAAUGAAGGUAAUUAGGCAUUCUGAGGAGGCAUUGAAAACAGCUCUUCUCUCCAAGGACAGACAGCUUUUGAAGCUUUAUGAGAAGUUUGAUCCUAAGGAGAAGCAUUUGCUGAAUGAAGCAUUUCAACAAGACAGUGCUCUUUUUAAACCUAUAACUCUGGAAUCUGAAUCAGACUGGAUUUCCUCACAUCCUGAACCCACCCAGGAUUUUUCACAGUUUUAUCAUGACCCCUGCAGAAAUUUGCCAACCCCACAGAAGAGACAGAUUUACAUCCAGCCUAUUGGGUAUCUCUUGAGUUACCUAAAGAAAAAAAAGCCAAAGGAUGCUUUUUGCAUUGUGGGAAUAACCGUGAUAGAUCUUUACCCCAAGGAUUCUUGGAAUUUUGUCUUUGGACAAGCCUCCUUAACAGAAGGGGUGGGGAUCUUCAGCUUUGCCAGAUAUGACAGCGACUUCUACAGUGCAGACUACAAGGGCAGGUUGAAAACAACGAAAAAGCUUCCUGCAGCUGACUAUUCUGUGUUUGAUGAUUACUACGCACCUGAGAUCACAAGUCAACUGCUUCUAAGAUCCUGCAAAACUUUGACUCACGAGAUUGGACACAUCUUUGGGCUCCAUCACUGUCAGUGGUUACAAUGUGUUAUGCAGGGAUCUAAUCAUCUGGAGGAAUCAGAUAGACGCCCAUUAGACCUUUGUCCUAUUUGCUUGCGCAAGCUGCAGUCUGUUCUUGGGUUCAGCAUUCUGGAAAGAUACAAGGCACUGCAGAGAUGGAUAGAGGACAAAGCUAAUGGAACAGAAGAAGGGCACAGCAGUGAAGCUAGAGGAAGAUUUCCAAAGCCAGUAGAAUCAUUUACGGAAAGUUAUGAGUUGCUUAUGAAGCGCUUAGACGUUCUCCAGAAAUAGGUUUGCUAUGCAAGUUCAAAAGGAAUGCUCUUAUUAUAAUAGUAUAAUCACUGCUAAAGUAUGGUGAUGAAUUAAAUAUAUUUUAAAUUACAAACUUAAUAUACCCCUUAACAGUAAAUAUUUAAGCUGUUUGUUCUGCAUGUUUUCCUUUGUCUCUAUUAAGUUAGUUUUUUUUCCUGGAAUGUCUAACACAGUCUAAACACAUUAUUUAUUUCUUAUAUUGAAAAAGUUAAGCUGUGCUGCAGUCCAUGGAACUGCUGUCAGGCAUCUGAAUUAAUUGUUUUGUCCACAAUAUUGAUUGACAAAUUGAGCACUGUUUCUGUCUGUAAAAUACCUGCUUACAUGACUUUGGAACAAACAUCAGCAACUUAAAGGAGCAUUUUCUCUGCCUGUUGAGCAAAUGGUCAUGUUUGCAUUCCAUGAUAAAUGACAAACUCUGCUUAUUUGCAUGGAACAAGAAGUGGAAUGAAAGCAAAUGAGUUGUGCAUAUCAAUAAACCCUUCAUGCACAUCAGAAUUUAAAAUAGGUGCAGAAAAGCUUGUGGGGCAUCAAAUUGAUUAGAGCCUCCAGUACUUGUGCUCCUGAAGUCAGUUAAUUUCUUUCAUAGUAUAGAUCAGUGAUGGCUAACCUUUUUCUUAUGGCAUGCCAAAAUCCAAACUUCUGGUUGGGCCAUUGGGGGUGUU